CCGUUCUGCUGUUGUCCGAGGCCGAGUAGUUACCUCUAUGGGAAUGGGUAUGAUGGGGGUCAGAGUUGGUACAACAAAUAUCAAUGAUGGAUACACCAUGACCCGUGAAGAUGGAUGGUUUGACCUACUCCUUAAUGGGGGUGGUGCUGUCACUCUGAAAUUUGGCCGCUCCCCUUUCCCAGCUGUUCAAUAUGUUGUAAAUGUGCCUUGGAACGAGGUUGUGGUCAUUGACACUGUUAUAAUGGAAGUGGGAGAUGACAGAUCUGCGAUUUUAGCCUCAGCCUCACCACCAUCUCAAGCCUGUCAAGCGCAUGACUAUGAUGUGAUGAAACCUGUUGUUUUGGCAACAUGGAAACAUGGAUUUCAGGGUGCUUGCCCUGACAAAAGUGCCAUACUUGUUGAAUCUCAGGUGGUUCAAGAAAGUAUUCAGAUCCCUGGAAGCCUGAAUUUGGUAUACCAUAGUUCUCGUUCUCCUGGAUAUUUGUCAACAAUUCAAUUACAACUUACACCUGAAGGUGUACCAGCAGCACUCAAGCUGAUUCACUUACGCAUCACAAUUGAAGGAAUCCUUUUUGAGAAAGUUUUUGAAGCUGACCCAGUCAUCAAAUUCACCUAUGCUUGGAAUCGACUUAAUGUCUAUCGGCAGCGUGUCUAUGGUGUUACGACAGCAGUUGUGAAAGUAGGCUAUGAGUACAGCAAUUGUUCAGAUAUCAUUUGGGAUAUCCAGACAACUAAAUUGAGUGGCCAUGACAUGAGUAUAUCAGAAGUUGGUGGUUGGAAUCUGGAUAUACACCACAGGUAUAAUUUCCACGAAGGAAUUUUGCAGAAGGGUGAUGGAACAAAUCUUUAUCUAAAACAAAGACCGCAUAUCAUCAGAACAAUUUUGGGUGAUGGACAUCAGCGAUCUGUUGAAUGCCCUGAGUGUGAAGUCGAAUCACCAGCUGGGAGUCAGAGGCUACUGGCUCCAGUUGCACUUGCUGCUGCACCUGAUGGUUCCUUAUUUGUUGGGGAUUUUAACUUAGUACGUCGAAUUUUAGUUGAUGGCACUGUAAGAACAGUUGUCAGACUAAAUGCAACAAGAGUUGCCUAUCGAUAUCAUCUCUCCCUUAGUCCUCUGGAUAAUACGUUAUACAUAUCUGAUCCUGAAGCUCACCAAAUUAUUCGAGUAAGAAAUGUUGAUGAUUAUUCUGAUCCAGAUCAUAAUUGGGAACCAGCUGUUGGUUCGGGGGAGAGAUGCCUCCCUGGUGAUGAAGCACACUGUGGUGAUGGAGCUCUAGCACGUGAUGCCAAGCUUGCUUAUCCUAAAGGGGUAGCAGUAGCUGCAGAUAACGUAUUAUACUUUGCUGAUGGCACAAAUAUUCGGAUGGUUGACCGUGAUGGCAUUGUCACCACUGUUAUCGGUAACAACAUGCACAAGAGCCAUUGGAAGUCAGUGCCCUGUGAGGGUACUCUGAGAGUUGAAGAGGUGCACUUGCGGUGGCCUACAGAUCUUGCUAUCAAUCCUUUAGACAACUCUCUACAUAUUAUUGAUGAUCAUGUUAUUUUGAAAUUAACAAGUGACGGUAGAGUUAAAGUUGCAGCUGGUCGUCCCAUUUUGUGCACUGGCCCUCCAGCUACACACGAUUCAGAAUUAGCAACGCAUGCAGCAUUAGUAAUGCCCCAGUCCAUUGCUUUUGGACCUUCAGGUGAUCUAUAUGUUGCAGAAAGCGACUCUCAAAGAAUUAACAGAGUCAGGGUCAUUGGUACUGAUGGUAAAAUAAGUCAUUUUGCCGGAGCAGAAUCGAAAUGUAAUUGUUUAGACCGAGGAUGUGACUGUUUUGAGGAAGACCACUACCUUGCAGCUACAGCAAAGUUCAAUACUAUUUCAUCAAUUACUGCCACACCUGAUGGUGUUGUUCACAUUGCAGACCAAGCAAAUUACAGAAUACGUUCUGUUACUGCUAGCAUUCCUGAAGCAAGCCCAACCCGCGAGUAUGAAAUCUAUCAACCAGAGACUCAAGAAGUAUAUGUCUUCAAUAGAUUUGGACAACACAUUGCUACCAAGAACCUGCUGACUGGCGAAAUAUUGUACCUUUUUACUUACAAUGUCAACACCAGUAAUGGUAAAUUAAGUACUGUUACUGAUGCCCAAGCCAACAAAGUUUUUCUUCUGCGAGAUUAUUCUACUCAAGUCAAUUCUAUUGAAAAUACCAAAGGUCAAAAGUGCCGUCUUCGAAUGUCACGCAUGCGCCUCCUUGCAGAGCUCUCUACACCUGACAACUAUAAUGUCAGUCUUGAUUAUCAUGGACCAACAGGGUUACUGAAAUCCAAACUCGAUAGCACUGGACGAAGCUAUGUUUAUAGUUAUGAUGAAUUUGGAAGACUUACUUCUGCUGUCACUCCAACUGGCCGCAUUGUUGGUCUGGAAUUUGAUUUAAGUCAAAAGGGUGCAAUGGUUCGUGUGAAACAGGAUGGAAGAAGACCUGAAUCUCUGCUAAUUAAAGGAUCAUCAGUGGUCACAAAGCUUGGAGAAGCACGACAGAAGACAGUGUUACUUGCUGAUGGUAGUGUUGCAACAACUGCACCUUGGGGGCACACUAUUAGUACAGAUACUGUACCUUAUAAUGUCCUCUCAGACAUAGAUCCAAUGCUUGGUGAGAGUUAUCCUGUGCCUGCAAAGCAGAGAACUGAGGUUGGUGGAGAUUUGGCUAACAGUUUCGAGUGGCGUUAUUUCCGUGGUCAAAGCAUGCAAGGCCAAACCAACACUAAAACCAAAGCAAUUACAAAAGUUGUGGGUCCUGUUGGACGAAAACUUAGAGUGAAUGGGGAGAACAUUCUUGCUCUAGAGUAUGAUAAGGACUCCAAUUCAGUGGCAGUUUUCAUGGAUGACAGGGUUGAACUAAUAAAUAUUACCUAUGACCGAACUGCUCGUCCUAUCAAGUGGGGUCCUAGAAAUGGCAUUUUCUCUGGUGUGGAGCUGGAGUACGAUCGCUUUUCUCGUCUUACAAGCUGGAAGUGGGGUGAAUUGAGUGAAACAUAUGGCUUUGACAGAGCUGGUCGUCUCAAUGAAAUCCGUUAUGCUGAUGGCUCAUCACUGCAGUAUGCCUUUAAGGACCAGUUCAGUAGUUUGCCCCUAAAGGUGACAACACCAAGAGGAUCAGACUAUCUAUUACAAUAUGAUGAAGCAGGUGCCUUGCAAUCUCUUACCACUCCAAGAGGACAUAUUCAUGCAUUCAGCCUGCAAACUUCCCUUGGAUUUUUCAAAUAUCAGUAUUACUCCCCUGUUAAUAGACAUCCGUUUGAAAUUCUUUAUAAUGAUGAUGGACAAAUUAUUGCGAAGGUAUACCCUCAUCAAUCUGGAAGGGUUGCCUAUGUUUAUGAUCAAACUGGCAAAUUAGAUACUGUCCUUGCUGGUAUGUCUUCAAUACACUACAGCUACCAGGAAAAUACUAAUGUUCUUAAAUACAUUGACAUUAUAGAGCCACAUUUUGAACUGAAACAUGAAUUAAAAUAUCAUGGAGGGCUCUUAAAGAAUGAGAAGUUACAAUUUGGUAGCAAGAGUGGUUUAGACAACACUCAUUACAGAUAUCAAUAUGAUGGAAAUGCACGCCUCUCAGCUGUUGAUGUGGACAUCAACAGUAAACAGCUACCUCAAAUACGUCUUAAACAUAAUCAAAAUUUGGGCAUGCUGGAAAGCAUAAGUGAUCUUCGUAUAUUCCGAAAUAUGUUUAAUAAGUCUGUCAUGCAAGAUAAUGCCAAACAAUUUCUUACUAUAAUUGAUUAUGAUAGUCAUGGUCGUAUAAAGUCUGUUCUCAUCAACAUAAAGGCUUUUGAUGUGUUCAGGCUUGAGUUAGAGUAUGACAAGAGGAAUCGUAUCAAGACCCAACAGUUCUUGAUUGGGAGAACAUCAUCUAUGGAUCGUAUAACUUAUAAUGCAGAUGGACAUGUAAUGGAAGUUGUUGGAAGUGGUGCUAAUAAUUGGAAAUUUGUGUAUGAUGAAAAUGGAAAUGUGAUAGGGGCUAUAGACCAAGGUCACAAACAGUCACUUGGAUAUGAUUUGGGUGACCGUGUUGUACAAGUUGGUGAUGUGGAACUCAUAAAUUAUGACUCAAGAGGUUUUGUUAUAAGACGAGGAGAACAAAAAUAUAGGUAUAAUCCAAGAGGACAGCUGACACAUGCCUUUGAGCAAGAUAAAUUUUCGUCCUGGUAUUCUUAUGAUGAUAGGGGAAGAAUGAUUUCAUGGAGAGAUUCGCAGGAUAAUAUAACUCAACUCCUGUAUGCUUAUCCUCACACACCUGACCUUGUGUCACACGUGCAUUUCCCCAAAACAGGAAGAACUUUCCGCCUCCUCUAUGAUGACAGAAAGUUCCUCAUCGCUGUUGAAACAUCAGAACAAAGGUUCUACGUUGCAUGUGACCAAAAUGGCUCACCACUAGCUCUCUUUGAUAUAAAUGGAAACAUCAUUAAAGAGAUCCGGCGAACUCCGUUUGGCAAAGUGCAAAUGGACUCAAACCCUGACUUCUAUUUGCCUGUUGAUUUCCAUGGUGGCCUGCUUGACCCCCAUACCCAAUUAAUUUACAUAAAUGGGCGUCUUUAUGACCCAAGUAUUGGCCAGUGGAUGACGCCUGCUUGGGAAGAAUUAGCAAGCCAACUAACUGCCCCUACUGAUGUAUUCAUCUACAGAUUCCAUAACAAUGACCCCAUAAAUCCUCCUCAGAAGAGAGUUAACUACAUGACAGAUCUGCAAAGUUGGCUCAACUUAUUCGGAUAUGAUAUAAAUAGUAUGCUUGGAUCAUUGUAUACAAGCAGUGCAGUUUAUCAUCCAGUUGCUUCUGUAAGGAACACACAGCUUGCACCUGAGUUUGCUGUUAUGUCUGGCUUGCAGUGUUUGGUGGAUAAGGUGUCACAAAAGUUCUCAGAAUUAGGAUUUGUUCCUGAACCUCUUUUGAAAAUGGAAAGUCGAACAAGGAACUUACUGCCAAGAGUUGCCUAUCGAAGAGCUAUCUUUGGUGAGGGUGUUCUUAUUUCAAGAGGCCCCAGUGGACGUGCACUCGUCAGUGUAGUGGACAAUGUAAAUGGUGUACUUCAAGAUGUUGUUACAUCAGUUUUCAACAACUCCCACUUUCUGGAUAUUCACUUCAGUCUACAUGACCAGGAUGUCUUUUAUUUUGUAAAAGACAACCCUUUGAAAAUUCGUGAUGAUAUGGAGGAACUGAGGCGGUUGGGUGCUAUGUUUAACGUGUCAACUCAUGAAACUGCUGAUCAUGGUCAAAGCGGAACAAAGGAGUUAAGAUUGCACAAUCCAGAUGCUGCAGUAUUCAUUCGCUAUGGAACUGAUCCAGAUGUAGAGCGGCAGAGAAUUCUUAAGCACGCACACAAACGGGCUGUUGAACAAGCAUGGAAGUUGGAGAAAGCAAUUGUAUCUGCUGGAUUCCGCGGACGUGGUGAUUGGUCUCCAGAAGAAAGAGAAGAACUUAUAUCAAAUGGUGUUGUUGGUGGAUGGGAAGGUGUGGAAUUGCACACUCUACAUCGAUAUCCUCAACUGGCGGAUGAUCCAGGGAAUGUUGCAUUCCGAAGAGAUGCUAAUAGAAAACGCCGGAAGAGUGGAAAUGGGAAACAUCGUAUCCAUCGACAUGACUCAUGAUUCCGUUCCAUGUCUAAAUUUUGUUCAAAGACUGAUCUGUAUCUUUAAACGCAUGCAGUCAACUCUUGCUAAGUGUUGGCAGUAAUUCCCCCAUGCAUUGGUUGCCAAGUGAGAAGACUAUCAUAUAAAUUCCAUCAAGACUGAGUAUAAAUAUAUAUAUAUUGUAUAUUAUGAAAUAUAUAUAUAUAUACAUUUAAUGGUAUCAAUAAAUUGCACAUAACUAAGCCACUUUUGUAAAAAUUAAAUGUUUCUUUUUGCUUUGUUUAGUUUUGAAUCACUUCUUUGCAAUAUGAAAAUUCUUCAACUUGAACUUCUCCAAUAAGUCUGGCCUAUUUUUGUUGAGUGGAGGAAAAUUUGGAGCAGGAUUUUAACAAGAGUAAGUUAACAACAGUACAUUGUAUUCGAAAAAAAUAAUUAAAUUUAAUGUUCCACACUAGUCAUAAUUAUUUAAGAUUCAGUGUAGGUGUUAAGAGGCAGAAAAACCUGAAACAAUUUUAGGUAAAACAUCUUCAGUGCUACACUAAAAUAAUCAGUACUGCCACGGUCUACAUACCUAGUGUGAAGAUUGAAUGCUAGUCACACUAACCACUACUUUUGAUUUAUUUUAUAUUAAUAUGAAUUUAUAGAAAUAAUAUAUUUUUUUGUAAAACUAUUGAAAAUUGUUUGUUCUAAGGCCAAAUCAAGAUGUAUAAUUCUGUUCCUGUACAAGAAGCAGUUAUCUUUUUAUGUGUAAAAUAAGGUGCCAUGUGUAUCCAUUCGUAAUUUCUCCCUAAGAGGAAUUAAAGUGUACCAUAUCACUACAGCAAUGUAUUUGGGAAAAAAAGGUUGCUGUCGGCAUAUUUAUUGAACACGCUAAACAAUCCAAGUUAGGUAGAUGAGCUGCCAGGUCCUUUAUAAUCAUUAUAGAGCUGCAUCUCCUGCUACAUUUGUUGUUCAUCAUUCAUAGAUUUUUGAAGCAGUUCUGCAUAAGUAUGAAAAACAAAGAAAUGUAUGAUAAAGUGACAGGGUAGAUGUGAUUCUUUUUUACUGAACAGUGCUGAUAUUAUGUGACCCAGUUGUAAGUCUUAUGCAUUCGUGUCUCAAGUCUUGAGAAAGUCAUCACUACAAGAGCUGUACAUAUGGAAGUUAUAAAGUUCAUAACUACGUAUAACACAGUAUUGUAGUCUGUUAUCAUUUGUGUUGCCUGAUUACUGUUAAUAUUUUAAUGAUUUUUUGUGCAUGAUUUUUGCUGUAAAUAGUGUACAUAUUAAAGAUAAGCUAAAACUCUUUUAUAUUAUGAAUCCAUGUUACCAAUCCUACAAAAAUAGGGUAUGUUGUGGAGAAUGUUCAUUGUAAUUUAGAUAAGUGUGCAAGAUUUUAACUUUUAUAUACCCUGUGAUGUAGUUGCUUUUUGUUUUAGGGCUUCAUUGUUCUACUUUUAAUUUGUUUAUAUAUUUUUUCUCUUGUUAGUUACACAUGAUCUAGUGUAUUUAUACAAAAAUGACUGUACAUGAAAUUAGGUAUUUAAAAAAAAAUAGUGGUAAAACAUACAAUGCAGGUUUCAAAUAAAGACGGAUCUUACCUAGAACUAAAUUUACCUAUUUGUACCCCAUGUGUUCCUUCAGUAAAAAGAGAAAUUUGUUUUACCAUGGUUUUACUUCACUCUGUUUUUUGUUUUGUAGAACAGUUUAUGAUCUAGUUAGGUACCUCUGUUAAUGAGCUUUUUGAAUUCUUCUGUGUUUACUUUCUUUCAUCAUGCAUUUUUGUUUAGGAAGACUAAAUGAUAAAUCUUGUAGUCAUCAGAAUUGUUCUUUUUGUAACAAUUUGAAAAAAAAAUGCUUGUUUAUUUUGAAUUUACUGUUUCAGUGAACCAGAGCAAAACAGUGAUAUUUUUGCAGAAGGAUAUCGUGUGAGUUGAGGUACCGCAGAAAGCAAUACUUAAAAGUAGUUAUAUUAAGUAAAUUCUUUACGUGCAAUUACUCCGAGAAAGGCCUUGUGUAAAAGAGCUCUGGGCCAUCCUUUCUUAGAACUGGCUAAUGUAGCAUACAUUUUGUGGACAGUGUCUUUUUUGAAUGACUCACAAGUGAAAAAGGCCCUUUGAAGUAGAAUUUCUCUUUAUAAAGAAAAAGGAGUACCUAAUGAUUUACUGUGUAUAGACAACUAGUGUAGUAAAAAAUUGUGCUAUGCCAUCCCUAGCACUAUGUGUUUGUAAAUGCUGUUAUCGGAAUUACUUGGAUGCCUAUUAAAAAAUAGAUCCAGUCAUUUAAAAUAGAA